AUGUCAAUUAAUAUACAGUCAUCAAAAGAAUUAUCACAUGUCAAAAUCAUGAAUAUUUCAGAUUCACUGAAAAACAUUUAUAGUGGUCCAUUCUCAAAUUAUUUGGCCAUUUCCACCAGUCUAGACAGUUUGAUUGAACAACAAAGUAAAUUAGUAGAUGGUCUAUUCAAGUUACACAUCAAUCUAGUAGAUAUAACACUAAAAUAUAAGAAACCAUUACUACCCCAAGAAGAAGGUAUAUUUAUGGGAACUAUAAUGAAACAGAUAGAAGUGAUCAAGAAAUUCACUACAGAAAAUGAAACUAGAUCAGAAUACCUACUAUGCGUUAGUAGAUUCAUCGAUAUUUUCUCGUGGAUAACACAAAGAGAGAUCGGUGAUUUUUUAGAAAUCCUGAACAAUAAACUCUCAAUUUACAAGAAUGAUAUUAUGAAUGGUACUCCGAGUUAUGAUAGAGUCCAUAAAAAAUGGCUGGAAUCGUGGAUCGAAACUCUAGAAAAGCUGUCAGAUUUCGUUAUGAACAAUUACCUCAACGGCCUCACAUGGAUGGGCACUGAGAAGUUACCAGUUCAGUUUUUAUUGGGUGAUAUAGCAUCAGAGUUCAGAAACUUUGAUCACUUGGCACUAUUUAAGGAAAUCAACCAGGGAGAAAACAUUGUGAGGAUUUUACGACACCGGAGUGAUGAUGAUGGUGAAACCUCAACAAGCGUAGAAUAA